UGCGCUAACUGCAGCUGUCCUUACGGCGAGAGGAAGUGCAAUUACUACGGCAACAGGUGCGAAUGCAUCGACGGGAAAUACUACAUGCCUGGCUCCAACGAAUGCGCCGAAACUGAGUACGAGUGUCUUAACAACGACCUCACGAGAACUUGCGCUAACUGCAGCUGUCCUUACGGCGAGAGGAAGUGCAAUUACUACGGCAACAGGUGCGAAUGCAUCGACGGGAAAUACUACAUGCCUGGCUCCAACGAAUGCGCCGAAACUGAGUACGAGUGUCUUAACAACGUCCUCACGAGAACUUGCGCUAAAUGCAGCUGUCCGCCAGGCGAGAAGAAGUGCUAUGGCCCCGGGAACAAGUGCGAAUGCAUCAAUGGGAAAUACUACAUGCCUGGCUCCGACGAAUGCGUCGAAACUGAAUACGAGUGUCUUACCGACGUCCCCACGAG